UAUUAAACUUGUCUGGAAACAGUCUGAGGUCCCUCCCUCCCUCCCUCCUCCCUCUACCCUCACUCACCACCCUAUCCCUCGCCAACAACUCCCUCACUACGCUCCCCUCCAGGAUACUAGAUAUUGCAGCAAACCUCACAGAACUAGAUUUGUCUGGGAAUGCUAUGGAGGAGAUCAAGGUAGAACUGUUCGAGAACACAACCAGGCUCAUCAGCAUCAACCUCAGCAACAACAACAUCGACAAGAUCAGACGAAAAUCGUUUAUGAGCCUGCAUGAUCUGGAGACCCUGAACCUAGGUUGGAACAAGGUUGAAGAGCUGCCGGUCAGGUUCGGUAAACCGCUCGUUAAUCUCCGGACCCUGGAUCUGACAGGGAACCGGAUUAAAUCUCUAGCAAACGAGGUUUUUCUGGGAUUAACGUCUCACUGUAUACAUUUGGAGAAGGUCAAGACUGAAUAACGAGGGAGAAAGAAAG